CUCAUAUAGCUAGUUUUCCUUUCAAAGUGAAACGAUUUUCCUUUUACGUUGAGAUAUUUGAAUUGGAUUUUAUUUCACCACUACUAUCGUAACGCACAGAAAACACUGACGUUUCCGCUCGCUUUCAACCACUGCCACUUUACCUGAGCACUGUGACGCAGUCGGUCAAGUAUUGAGUUUCUGCUAGUAUAUCAAGGACUUAUGAGAACUGAAAAGAAAAAAACGAAAAAAGGAAUUCUCAUAGUUCAUUGAAUUAAGGGAGGGCCAUUCGUGGGGGGUUCGUGGAAGAGUUGGGUUCGAUUCCCUUUAUACGCGAUGUGGCGAAAAAGACUGAUUCAACGAAAUAUGCCAUGCCAGCAUUAAGAUUUAAAACGUGUCGUCUACUUCCAGGAAAUGUUCGGAACAGAGAACUUUCUCUAAUCCAACGCCGUAUUCUCCGAAGAUUGAGGAACAAGAGGAGAUCCAUUAAAAGAAAUCUUUCUCGGAGAGAAAAUCUAAACAGUAACAUCAAAUCACAAACUACACGAAAGUUGUCUCUUUAUUAUGGGGAUUUACCCAUAAGGGAGAUGCACAGAGGAAGAGAACGAACUUCAUAUAUCCCUUUUUUACUCAAUCAAGAAACAAGAUCGGACGUGAUUCCGGUUCGUCUCCAUUUUAGUGACACUCUUCCUCAAGCAAGGCAGCCGAUAAGUCAUCGAAGGGUUUGUUUGAAUAAUGGACUAGUAACCAUUACUCAUUUCAAAGUUUCCCACGGUGAUCUAAUAUCUUUUAAAGAAAAUGACGCGAGAACCCGCGGUUUUGAAAUAAGGAGAUCUUUCUAUAUCGACAUAUCAGUUGGAAAAAUCAUAGGCAAAUUCCUAUCGGCCAUAUCAGUUGGAAAAAGAAGAGGCAAAUUCCUACCGGCCAGAAUCUGGAGAAGAACAAAAAAAGAAUGGUUCCGCUUACUCACAACUCAGAGGGGAUGCCGCUUACUACUCAAAUCCAAGGAAUUGCAAAAGUUGCGUUCUUAUAUGCAAGAAGAAGACUUUGAAAGAACAAAGAAGUUUGGAUCCGCAAAAGUAUGCUUAGGCAGUUCCUUCGCUGAGCACAACAGAAUGAAGAGGAAUUUGUUUCAUUUCAAAUACUUCUUCUUAUUGAAAAGAGGGAAGGAGAAAAACCGAAAUCUUCCUACUCGAACAAUAAGUCCUUUCAUGACGGAGAGAAAGUUUUACCAAAUCCUGCAGGGGGUCAGGCUCAACCCGCAGACGCACCGCCAGUUCUGCCAGAUCCAGCGGGGGAUCAGGCUCAACCCGCGGAUGCGCCCCCCGCUUUGCCUGCUCCACCAGUUGAAGUCCCUGCCAUUUUGA